AUGACGGCAGGAAUUAUCUUGGUAGUAGCUAUUGCUUCUGAGUACGUUAUUGAUAUCAAAGUUCAUUUAGGUACUGGAAGCUUUGGAGCAGCGAUUGGGCAGGUGAUGAUACCUUCCAUCCAAGCCGUAUUUGGAUGGGAGUUUGUGUUUUACGGCUUCAUAGUCAUGGUCUUAUGCACUUCAGCUUGCUUAACUCCUCUACUCUAUCGUGAGUUGAAAUGGCGAAGAAGAGGCUCAUACGUCAGUCUCACUUCUGACUCGGGCUCAGAAGAUGAGGCUGAAAUUGCUGGAGAGGAAGUCACGAGAAGACGAACUGUGGUUGGCGAUGGCUUAAUUUGA